UGCCCCGGCACGGAGCCUAAACCCCCGGACCCCAAGAUUUCUCCUCUUCGGCAUGACAAGAAACCCAACCCCACGUCCCCACCGCCUGUUCCCCACUCCCUCCCUCUCGCUCCAAGAAAAGGGCAGGCUUCGUGAGCGCGCCACGCCGCCGGAGCGGCGGGUGCUCGAGUCCGACGUCCUCAACGCCGCCGUGCACCGCUGCCUCCAGGGCGUGUCAGACUCCAAGAAAGGGUUGAUACAUUCAUUGUGGGCUCCAAUGGAGAGAAAAGGGCCUGCUGCCCUCACAGCAACAGAGCUGAAUGCUGCCGUGUAUAGAUACUUCCAGGAGUCAGGAUUCGUGCAUACAGCAUUCAAUUUCUUCAACGAGGCAGGCCUUGGGAAAGCGGACAUCGAGAAAAUGAAGAUCCCACCCGGUGCCCUGGUCAGGGUCGUGCUAAAAGGCCUUCAAUACAUCGAGUUGGAAGCAAAUUCUGAGAUUGAAAAUGAUGACGAGUACCACUUUUUUGAUACUCUGGACCUAAUUACCAAUGAUUCAGACGAGUUGAAAAGGAAAAUUACCAGCAGCGUGAAGCCCAAUUCUGUUGAGAAGGACAAAGAGCAGAAGACCGAUUCUGUUAAGACUGACAAAGCGCAGAAUAUCGAUUCUGCUGAGACUGCUACUAUAUGUAGAACUCCUCCGGUUAUGCAGCAAGUGAAGGCACAAGGGGCAGACGCCAAAAAACAAAAGAUCAGUUCUGCUGAGAAAGCGCAGAAGACACAGUCUGUUGAGACUACCACACGACAGAGGUGGCAGAUUCGGUGGAUAGCGAAGAAACUUAGGACUCAAAAAACAAAAGCAAGGAAGGCUGACACUGCGCAGAACAGCAAGUCUGGUGAUACCGCUAUUAUAUGUAGAACUCCUCCGCUUAUGCGGCAAGUGAAGGCACAAGGGGCAGAAGCCAAAAAACAAAAGAUCAGUUCUGCUGAGACUGCACAGACGACAGAGUCUGCUGAGACUACCACAGGACAGAGGUGGCAGAUUCAGCCAAUAACGAAGAAACUUAGGAGUCAGAAAACGAAAGCAAGGAAGUGAAGAGACUGAAGUUAGAGUUUCAACUCUGUGACAUGUGAAAGCAGAUUUAACGGGAUGCUUAGAGUACUGUCAGCAUAUUGCAAUUUAUGAUGGAUACUGAGGGAGUUUCUGAAGUUUUCAUUGGUUAGGACUUUAGGCAGUAUAUGAAAGGACAUCUAGCAAGAUGCAUUGUGGUACGUGCAAUAUUAGAACUCGUGUACAUGGGACGGAUGAUUUUGUGCUUGUUCAUAUGGUAGUCAGCGUGUGAAAGGAGAAUUGACAAUGCACUUUGGUACUGAUUGAUCAGUUGGAAUUAAUGAUUACUGGUGGUGUAUUUUUGUGAAAGGAAAUUUUAUAGGAUGCAUUGCAGUACCAGCAAUAUCUUUGUAAAUGGUUAGUUUUAGACAGUUAACUUUUGGAUCAUGUGGUAGGUUAUCGUUUGAAAAAUAUUAGGAUGAUGUUGUAUAUUGAUUUUUUAUACAAUUUGUAAUAGUAAACAAAACAUACAAUCUGUUGUAUAUUGUUUAUCAUGCAAUGUGAGA